AUGCGUAUGGAGAGCAGAGCUCGUGGGGGGCACCACAGAGUAGCUGUCCGAGGGGUUGCCCUGACUGGGGACGUGGCGGUCCUGCAGGAGCACCUGGAGCACGUCACCUUCUGCAGCGCCGAGCAGGAGCGCUGCCCGCACUGCCAGGGCCCCGCCGACCCGCUGCUGCUCAAGCUGCUGCGCCUGGCCCAGCUCUGCACCGAGUACCUGCUGCACUCCCAGGAGUACCUCAGCGCCCAGCUCUGCGGCCUGGAGGAGGCCCUGCGGGAGGCCCAGGCCCAGCGCGACCAGCUGGGCAAGGAGGUGGCCCAGCACUUGCAGGAGAUCAAGGAGCUCAAGGAGGAGUGCCGCCGGAGGAAGAGGAUGAUCGGCACCCAGCAGCUGAUGCUGGAGGCCCAGGCCCAAGCCAUCUACCACCAGUGUCAGUUUUGUGAAAAGGCUUUUGUGAACUAUUCCUUUUUACAAAGUCACAUGCAAAGGCGUCAUCCGGAAGAAUCUCGGAUUGAGCAGAAGAGGAAAGCAGAGACAGACAAAUUGCAGGAUGAGUUUGAUAAACUGAAGGAUCAGUUGCAACUUGUCAAGUCCCAGUUAGAGGCUGAGCAACAGGCUAAUAUGGCCAGGUUUUAUAAGAAAUGCGAACAGCAAAAAUCAAAAGAAGAAGAAAUUCUGCAAUCAUUUCAUAAAUGGAAAGAGGAGGAAAAAGAGAAAUGGGCUGAUGAAGUAGGAAAAGUGAAAGAGAUGUUUAUGAAAGAGCUUAAGGAGUUAUCUUCAAGAAAUUCAACUUUAGAAAGUAAACUGUUAGAAUUACAGAAGUCCAAUAUGCAGCAAAAAUCCAAUUUAGGGACACUGAAAGACAGCGAAGAAUUUACAGAAGAGAAACCUCAGAGUCCUCAGGACUCAGGACAGAGUGUGGUUAAACUUCUUGAAAAACAGGAAAGUAAGUGGACGUCUAGAAUACAAGCCCUUCGUCAUGACCAUGAGACAGAAAGGUCCCUGCUACUGUCACAGAUUGAGAAACUUAAAUCAUCAGUGAGAGAAGACCUGAAUAAAAAUAACACCUUUUACACGAGGCAGAUAGAAGAAUUGGGGCAGAGGCUUCAGGAGCAGAACGAUCUGAUUAUUACUCAGAAGCAGCAGAUAAAAGAAUUGUCCACAAGAUCAGUUGCAAGCAUUAAACCAUGUGAUGUGAACACUACUGUAAAGCAUCUUGAAGAAUCUAAACCAAGUCUACCAUUGAUGCAUGAAAUUGAGAAAGGUCAUCAUAAAACAGGUAGCAGUAACCAGCAUUUAAUAAAUGCUUUGAAGACUGAUCCUUCUAUAACUAAAGACUUACGAGUUGUUUUCGAGCAAGCCCUGGAGGAGAAGCUGGAAUCCAUGGGAAUUAAGGUAGGUGUUCGCGGUAUCCCAAAGCAUCGCUUAAAUAAAAUUUUGCGUGCCAUUGAAUCUGCUAGAGAAUGCAAACAGAAGCAAGAGCCUGACAUUCAGCGAAUUCGAGAGCAUCUUGAACGCCAAGUUAGCUUUAGGGUUGAAGAGAAAUCAUCAUCUUGUAAUAGACCUGUUUCCUGUCCUCAGCUUCCUUCAGAAGAUAAACAGACGUUCAGUCAAUUGGGAAUUUCCUCAUCCACCAGACCACGAAAACCAGUAAAACGAUCUUCAACAGCUGUCCGCCCAGCUGAACAGAGAACAGCCAUCGAUGAGAAUACAUCUACACCAAAGAAGCUUUUUGGAAAUGGAGUUUCCAGAAAGACAUCUAGUAUCACAACACCACCAUUCAGUUCAGAGGAAGAACCAGAUGAAGACGAUACUAAGCAGUCUUCCACACCACCAGAAUUACUGCAAAAGCAGUCAGAAACAUCAGGCAGCCAAGUCAGUGCUUCUCAGAAGGCUUCUGGCAAAAGCGAUGUAGAUGGGAUGGAGGAAAACAAAGUUGAAACUGGAACACCUGCGAAAACUUCAGAAGGAACAGUUAUUCAAAAACUGACUGAACAAGUUGGAAAGAGUCUUUCUAACCAUGGAAACGGGAACAAACCAGCUGGAGGAAUUGAUGUUGCACAGGCAUUUAUUAAGAAAGAAGAGGUGCAAGAACUGAAGUUAACAGAUGUUGAUGACGAUGAUUGGGAUAUAUCAUCAAUAGAAGAGGAAUUUUUUCUGACGAAAGAUGGUAGAGGUCAGAAGGCAUCGGCAGUUCAGAAAAAUGAGUCAAAUGCUGCAUCCGUGGUACAGACCCGGGGUCUUCCGAAGAGAAGUGCACCGAAGGAGGAAGGCCUUCAUGAAGCUGAUAACACGAACACGCUAAAAAGCAGCUUAGUCACCAUCACAGACUGGAGUGAUUCUUCAGACAUAUAA